AUGGCGGAGGUGGCGGCGGCGGCGCAGCUGCCGGCCAAGGACGCGCCCGACACGAGGGAUGAGGACUACGGCACGGGUGACGACGAGGCCAGCGAAGCGUCCAGGGCGACCGCGGUGGCGGGGGCUGCCGGAGGCGAGGAGAACGCGGACAAGGUGGAAGAGACGGACACAGACUCCGGGAAGGCCGCCUCGGCCACGCUGGACACCGACAGCUUGGCCGGCGACGAGGUGGCGCGGGCCGCUCUGCCGGCUGCAGAAACGGCCGCGGCCUCUCAGGACGGGCGACAGGCGCCUCCCCGGAGGAGUCACAUUCCGGUACCCGUAGCCAGGCAGCAGGGACGCCCCUCCAGGCCCGCGUCACCCACUGACGAACACCACGAGGUGUCCGGCGAUGGCCUGGAAGGAGAGUCGCAGCAGAAGUCCGAGGUGUCGCCGGAGCGGCGCGACGGAGGCGGGGGGGAGGUGGAAGAGGAGUGGGAGGAGGACUGGACGCAGGCGGGCAUCGUGUCGCCCGGCGUCAUAGAGGACAUCAACAACGCGGCCCGCGAGUCGGCGCUGCUGGUGGCGCUGUACGCGGCGACGCUGCAGCCGCCUCCGUCGCCGCCGCCGGAGGCGGACGCGUUGCUGGAGGCGGCGCUGGAGCUGUCUCUGGACGGGCGGCGGCGCGUGCGCCAGGCGGCGCUGGAGCUGGCGGCGGCGGCGGCGGCGCGCGCCGACCCCCGGCGCCUGGAGGCGGCGCUGCGGGGGCUGGCGGAGAGCCGCUCCCCGGCCGCCGCCGCCGCCGCGCGCGCCCGCCUCGCCCGCCCCCAGCUGCCCGCCCCCGCGCCCGACGGCCUGCUGCGCUACGGCCUCCACCUGCCCAGGGGCGCCGCCGCCUUCGCCGCCCCGCAAGUGGUCGGCCGCUACUGUGCAGGGGCGGACGUGUCGUGGAUCCUGUCGGGCAGCGGGGCGCUGUCUGCGGGCAGCGUGCGCGCGCCUGCGCAGUCCACCACGGCGUCCAGCAGCGGCUCCUCAGACUGCGGCGCCGGAGCCGCCGGACACAACCCCUGGGCAGACCGCCGGCGCACCCUCUCCUGGGCAGUGAGUACCCGCCGCAGCGGCGCAGACCUAUUACUCAACUACUGGCGCUCCUAUCUGGAAAUGUUGGACGUUUAUCACCGUGGAGGAAUCAAGCUGAUCACCAGGCCUUUACGAGUGGUAGUCUCGAAGCCUCGCAAAAAUCUGUCCCAAGAACUUGUGAGGCCGACUCCAGACGUUUACCCUACAGUGAGGCACAUUCACCACAACGAUGGACGACGUGCCUGA